GUAAUACGUCACUCCCGACUCGACCAGAGCAUCCCGGGUGGUUUAGCUAGGUCGCUAACUGAACCGCAGUUUUUCUUGUGUUGAUUCCCACAAGAAAAGCGAGCACAAAUAUCAGUUUUCAUAAGUGGAAGAAACAGUUAACAUUCUUCCGCGUGUCCGCAUUCGGCCGGCAGCCAUGGCUUUGCAAGGCCCGGAGGAGCUGGGGGAGCCGGUGGAGGAAUCAGAGGACCUGGAUGACCAUGACGCCAGUAGUAUCUCCCCGGCAGAGGAGAUACCGCUGCCCGCCGGGCCCGGGGGCGACGACGAGGAUCCCGUGGGGAGCACCGUGCUGCUGCCUUGGGAUCGUUUCUCGGCCUGGUUGCACUGCAUCUGCGUGGUGGGCUUCGACCUGGAGCUGGGACAGGCGGUGGAGGUGAUUUAUCCGCAUCAUUCCAAGCUGUCAGAGAAAGAGAAAACAAGCAUUUGCUACCUGUCCUUCCCGGACUCCAACUCUGGUUGCCUUGGCGACACCCAAUUUUGCUUCCGCUUUCGUCAAGGCUCCAACAGGAAGUCGUCACUGGGCUGCUUCCUGGAAGCUAGUGACAGGGAUGCGCCGCCCUGCCUCAAGAGGGAGCAGGGCCAUUAUUAUGGCUAUGUGUAUUUUCGGCAAGUGCGGGACAAAUCUCUAAAGAGAGGCUACUUCCAGAAGUCCCUGGUCCUGAUCAGUAAGCUUCCCUACGUGACCUUCUUCCACUCGCUCCUCAAGAUCAUGGCUCCGGAAUACUUUGAGAAGCAGGAACCGUGUCUGGAGGCGGCUUGUAACGAUAUGGAUCGCUGGCCCACGGCGCAUCCAGGGAGAAUCCUCACGCUGCCCAUCAUGGGCGUGGUCAUCAAGGUGCGCAUCCCGACAUGCUACGACAAACCGGGAACGUCACAACUGGUGCAGUCGACCCAGAGUGACAGUCUGGUGUCCAUUGUGCUGCCCACCAUCCACGAGGUGGACCUCUUCAGGUGCUUCUUUCCAGUCUUCUUCCACAUCCAGAUGCUGUGGGAGUUGGUCUUGCUGGGGGAGGCGCUCAUUGUCAUGGCGCCCUCUCCCGCCGAGUCGUCGGACACCGUGCUGGCACUGGUCAGCUGCGUGUCUCCUCUACGCUACUGUAGCGACUUCCGGCCCUACUUCACCAUCCACGACAGCGAGUUCAAGGAGUACACCACCAGGACGCAGGCUCCACCCUCAGUCAUCCUGGGAGUGACCAACCCCUUCUUUGCUAAGACUCUGCAGCACUGGCCUCACAUCAUCCGGAUUGGCGACAUGAAGCAAGCAGGCGAGAUGGCCAAGCAGAUGAAAGUGAAGAAACUGAAGAAUCUAAAAACUCUCGACUCCAAACCCGGUGUGUAUACGGCGUACAAGCCGUAUCUCAACAAAGAUGAGGAAAUCAUCAAGCAGCUUCAGAAGGGUGUCCAACAGAAGAGGCCUUCGGCGGCUCAGAAUGCAAUUCUGCGGCGCUACUUUCUGGAGCUGACGCAGAGCUUCAUCAUCCCCCUGGAGCGCUACGUGGCCAGCCUGAUGCCUCUGCAGAAGUCCAUCAGCCCCUGGAAGAGUCCACCUCUGCUGCGACCGUUUGUCCAGCAGGACUUCAUGAAGACGCUGGAAAAGGCCGGCCCGCAGCUCACCUCCAGACUCAAGGGAGACUGGAUCGGACUGUACAGACACUUCCUGAAAUCUCCAAACUUUGACGGCUGGUUCCGCAACAGGAGGAAGGAGAUGACACAGAAACUGGAGGCCCUGCACCUGGAAGCGCUCUGUGAGGAGGACCUGCAGCAGCGAGUCCAGAGGCACUCGGAGGUGGAGACGGUGGAUCUGGUCCUCAAGUUGAAAGACAAACUGAGUCAAGCCGAGAAAGAGCGUCUGCCCGUGGGUGCCGGCACACUGGCCAAACUGCGAGCUCACAUCGACGGCGUCAUCCUGGCCUUGCCCGAAGACCUCCAGGGUAUCCUCCACAAACCCACCACACCCUGAACUUUGACCCAAGAAAAAAAAAAAAAAACAUCAUGGCCACCUACCACAUGAAGAACGCUGAGUGUUUUCUCAUCAUUUCCAAAUGUCUGGAGGGAUUUUUGUCCACCAAUUGAAAAGGCUUUUAAUCUUGAAUCAUUUUUAAAGACUGGCUUUUAAAGUGCACUUCUUAACAUUGUGUACGUAAAACAAAAGAAACCAGGCACUAGUAUGCAAGCAGCCAAUGGUGGAGCUUUUAAUUUUUCAAUUGAACUAACAUCCAGUAAACAGCACAACAAUUUUACACCAGCGACGCACUCUGUUCCGCAGUGGCUAAUCGGGCGUCUGCAUCUAGGUUUUCUAGCAGUUUUUUUUUAGUAAAUUUAAGAAUUUCCAGAAUGUUAAUGAAAAACUUUCAUUGGACAUUUGGUGGAAAAUAUCCUAGAAAUUUAUGGAUUUUUUUUUUUAGGCUUGAAAUUUCUGUCCCCCUCCCCAAAAAAGUGUUUGUGCGUGUGUAACGUUCCUUCUGCCCCAAAAAAUCAAACCUAACCAAACUUGAAAGAUGAUCUACUACAGUAUUUUUUAGAUUUUCUUUUUUGUAAUGUUUUUUCUUACAAGAAAGAAACAACUCUCAAAGCCACACCAACAACACAGCAAUAAUGCAACACCAGCGACACACUCAUUUUCAGCCAAUCAGGCUUCUGCAUCUUUGUCACAUGACCACACCAGGAUCCUACUUUAAGUCAGCGUUUUUGUCAGUUCUAUGUCACACGCAAAUUUUGAGCGAAUAUUUCA